AUGAAAGAGUUUUUGUAUCCUUUGUUUCUAAUUUGGGUUAUAAGAGCUGCAGAAUUUGAUCAGUUGCCAUCUACUACAGCUACUGCUACUACUACUACUGCUACAAUUACUACUACUUUUACUACAGUAUUAAUGUUAAACUCCACUACACCAACAACAACAAUGGAGAUAAGUGCCAACUCGUUGGAUUAUGUUUCUCUGACAAGAAGAAUGUUAUUAUUGCCGACAAGACCGUUCAAGACAAAAUCUGAAAAUUUUGAUUCGAGGACAAAAUAUUUAGGAUCCACGUCUGGAUUGAUGUCGGCGAAUCAAUGGAAAGUUAUUCCGAAUCCGAAACUUCCAUCAAUGAGGAAAUGGAUUGGAUUAUCAAAUGGAUUAGUACCUUUCCCACCGUUAACUACGUCAUCAGACACAUUAAAAUCACCACCACCACCAACAACAACAACAGUCGCAACAACAAAACAACCUCACCAACAAGCUCCACAAUAUGCAACACACAACACGUCAUCUUCUAAUACCCAAACAAACAGACUUCACAGCCCACAAAAUUCUCACACAAUUCCACAUCAAACCUCACCAAUGCGAGGACAGCCACACUUACACAAACGCCACGAACAACAACAACAACCGCAGUAUCAAUCUUCCAACAACAAACAGUUACUUCGACUACAGCAACAACAACACGCAGCAACGACAUUAUCAUUAUCACGAAAUAUUUACGAUGACAAAAACAGACUUAAAAAUCUCAAAAAAAACGACAAUAUCUCCUUACCAGAGUUCAGAGUUGUCAAUUUAAAAAGUUUUUUCAACGAUUCGUGCGCUAACAAGAAAAACAAAACCAAGCAGAACUCGAAAUCAAAUUUGUCUGACGUCAAACACGCAUGGCGACAUGCCGCAACUAACCAGCAAAUGACGUCACCAUUCCAAGUGCAAAGAUAUCACGCUGGUAUGUUAAACUGCCCAAACAAGCAGGUUCAACUUCUUAUCUUAGAUAACUCUCCGAAAUUCAUCCAAAAAGAAGACAACCGAUUCAAAUGUUUUUCACUAUUUUACACUGGCAACAUCACAGUUGAAUAUAGAGCCAUCAUUGACGUCGUCGUCGAUGUCACCAUGAAAAAUUAUUUAGUCAGUAGCGAUGGCGGCCACAGCAGCAGCAGCGAACGUCACGACGACACAGAACUUCGUGCAAAUUUCAAAUUCAUAGAUGCUAAAAACAACGGCUUGAAUUUUAAAUUAGUAGAUAAACGUCUGAAAGAUGGGGCUGAUCAGAUGGAAAUAUCCUUCCACCAUCGAGAUAUCAUGCUCUUCAUCAACAAAACCAUCUAUAACAAGAUUCGUACUACUUACAAACUACAACGCAACUAUCUGCAGUCUCAAAAGCAGCUUCAAAAGCCACUGAGAAAAUUGACAGAAGAUGAUGAUGUAAUUGAUUUCUACAAAGAUUAUGCCAAUUUAAUUGUCGAUUUAUCGUGCCAUGUAACCGUUAUCGAAAAGUUAAGCAAUCAAUAUAUCUACCGGUGGAAGGACACCAUUGAAAAUAUUGGCACAUCUCUGAUUUAUGACGUGAAACCUGACGUCACAUCCUCUUCCGUUGGCGAGUUGAUUAUGUGCGGAGCGAGUGGCUGGCCACCGAAUGUUUGGCUGGAGUUUGAGUGGAGUUACAUCGGUCAUUCGCACGUUGUCGUCAACGCUAUGAGAAAGAAGAUAAGUAAAAGAAGGGUGCAAACGCAUCAACAACUGCAAAUUCAUCAACAACAAACGCAACAACAUUCGCGACAACAUCAACAAAAAUCGCAUCAACAUUCUCAGGAACAUCGGCACAACAAUCACAAACAACGACAACGACAUCAGCCACAGCAAAAACAUCGACGAUCGCUGCAAACAUCAUUCCGAUCACAACAACAACACAAACAACAACAACAAAACUACAAAGGACAACAACAAAUGCGAGAAAAAUACGAACAAAUCGUAAAACUUAAACCAAACUCGAGGCCGCCGAUAAUAACACAGAACUACUGGUUGAAAGUUUAUAACCCUGGAAACUUCACUUUCUCAUGUGAGGCUAGAGCAAAAAUCAACUCUAUCAACAAUGACAUCAACAACAACAACAACAUCAACAACAACAACAACAUCAACAACAUCAACAACAACAACAACAAUGACAUCAACAACAACAUCAUCAACAAAAUUUGGACGGGAACAUUACAAAUAAACGGCAUACGAAAAAUAACAAAGUUUGACUCGCAGAAUGAUGGCGGAAGUAAAGAGAGGACAGGGAAAAGUGCAUUCAUCAUCGGAGGCGUAGGAGUGUCAAUAACCAUCGCGAUAAUGGUUAUAUCUACCUUGAAGAAAUAG